UCAGGUUUGGAAGCCCCGCCUCUUCCGGAGAGAAAAGGGCGGGCACUCUUGGCGCACGGUCGCUACUGGGCAGGUGUUCACGGCCGCGGUAUUGCUGUGGCCGCUGUGUAAGUUGCGCUUCUACCGGCCAUCAGCUAUGGCAGAGGCCAUGGAUUUGGGCAAAGACCCCAACGGGCCCACCCACUCUUCCACUCUGUUCGUGCGGGAGGACGGCAGCUCCAUAUCCUUUUACGUGCGGCCCAGCCCGGCGAAGCGCCGGCUCUCAACACUCAUCCUGCACGGCGGUGGUACCCUGUGCCGGGUGCAGGAGCCAGGGGCCGUGCUGCUGGCCCAGCCCGGGGAGGCGUUGGCCGAGGCCGCAGGCGACUUCAUCUCCACGCAGUACGUCCUGGACUGCGUGGAGCGCAACGAGCGGCUCGAGCUGGAGGACUAUCGGCUGGGCUCGGCGGCCGACCAGGCCUCGGAGACAAAGCCCGGGGCUCAGGCCGAGGGCGCUGCCGCCGCCGUGGAGCCCGAUCCGGAACCGCUCACGGGGCGGAUCGCCUUCACCGAGGCGGACGACGUGGCCAUCUUGACUUACGUGAAGGAAAAUGCUCGUUCGCCCAGCUCCGUCACCGGCAACGCCUUGUGGAAAGCGAUGGAGAAAAGCGCGCUCACCCAGCACUCGUGGCAGGCCCUAAAGGACCGCUACCUCAAGCACCUGAGGGGCCAGGAGCAUAAGUACCUGUUGGGGGACGCCCCUGUGAGCCCAUCCUCCCAGAAACUCAAGCGGAAAGCAGAGGAAGACCCCGAGGCUGCGGAUAGCGGCGAGCCCCAGAAUAAGAGAACUCCAGACUUGCCUGAAGAAGAACCUGAAGAGGAAAAGAUCAAGGAGAAUGAAGAACCGGUCAAAAAGAUGCUUAUAGAAGCCACCAGGGAGUUUGAGGAGGUUGUGGGAGAGGAGAAUGAGAGCCCUGGUUUUGAAAUACAUAUAACAAUGUGUGACGAUGAUCCACCCACACCUGAGGAAGACUCAGAAACACAGCCUGAUGAGGAAGAAGAAGAAGAAAAAGUUUCUCAACCAGAGGUGGGAGCUGCCAUUAAGAUCAUCCGGCAGUUAAUGGAAAAAUUUAACUUGGAUCUAUCAACAGUUACACAGGCCUUCCUUAAAAAUAGUGGUGAGCUGGAGGCUACUUCCUCCUUUUUAGAGUCUGGUCAGAGGGCUGAUGGAUACCCCAUUUGGUCCCGACAAGAUGACUUAGAUUUGCAAAAAGAUGACGAAGGUGCUCGAAAUGCAUUGGUUAAAAAGUUUGGUGCUCAGAAUGUAGCUAGGAGGAUUGAAUUCCGAAAGAAGUAAUAAUGAGAAAAGAAAGAAGGUGUGGCAGGUGAGGAGUAAAAAUAAAAACAAAAAAAUUGUGAUUAUUGAACUUUGGAGAGUUUGUACAUUGGAAAUAACAGAUCAAAAGGAGGUUGCCUUUUGACCAAUACUGCCAUUGCUCUAUGAGUCCUAGAUUUUGUAGCCAAGCAGAGCUUGUAGGAGUGUCAAUAGUCAAAGAAAUUGGAUAUAUUUAGAGCUGUCCCAGGCAUGUGUCAGUAUGUUUCUGAAAGGAAAAUCUAAGUCAGAGACAGGUUGGUCUACUAAAUAGUAAUCCUUUGCUGGAAUGGAACCUCUGCUGUAUUGGUGACAGGAGCUAGUGACAAAGUCAAAGGAGGAAAAUUAGGAGUUAUAGGUCUCUUUAGGCAAGAGUAAGGAACUUCCUAUUCCUUGGCAGAAGCUGCUCUAGAUUGUGAUAGAUUCCAAAUCAAGAAUCUAGACAUAUAGAAAGAUAUAAUUACAAGGCCUUGAACACGGACAGUCCCAAACCCUUGCAUCUCUUGGUACAUCCCGCAGUGAGCUCUGAUUUUUAGACUGUUUUGAAAAUCCCAUAUUGUCUUUGCUAACUUAGUAUUUGUGGACCCUGUUCCUUGGCUGUUUUUGAGCCCUUGUUAGUCAAGUCUCUAGCAUGUGUUUCUUUAACUGCCACUCAGACACAGACACAGACACACACACGCACACGCACGCGCGCGCGCGCACACACACACACACACACAACCUUAGAGUCUCAUUAACAAUCUAUUCCAUUAAUAGUAAUGUGUUCUUAUUUAUUGAGGAUAGUUUUGUGCUAAGAACUGUGUUAAUUUAAAAAUUAGAUUGAUUUCCAUUUGUUGUGUUGCUUUCAUUAUUGAAAAUAAAUAUAACUUUGUGUCUUCAACAAGUGUUUUAUUUUCAGAAUACACAAAAUCUUUUAGGUAUAAAAACCAUAAAGGAACUAACAUUCUGUGCCGUUGUUAAUUAGAACUGAUAAAGUAGUUCCAUUUGAGUACUAACAGACCAGUUGGAAAAUGCUAGUUCCUCUGGAUAGAGAAUAGAGAAGAUCUGGCUCAGGGACUGUGAGAAGUGGCAAAAGAAGGUGAACUUUGAGCCAAAGGGGAGAGAAGCUAAUCAGGAACCAGCAGGCAUAUAACAGAAGGUGUCAGUGUCCCACCCAUAUUCCCUGGGUACUCACCGUUCCAGCACAUGCCACCAAAGGGAGUCCUGUUGCAAGCAUCUGCUUGAGGCUCUCUCUCUGUUUGAAGUGCUAGGGAGUUAAUGCUCCUGGGAGCAGCCUUCAGCUAAUGGCCAGUGGGGAUUAGAGGAUACAUACCCGACUUCUUUGCUGACCAGAGUAAUUACUCAUCCAGAUAUUUGAAAGUUGUAUACCUUGAGUUGAAGUUGUCAAGGAUUCCAUUUUACUUGAAUCCACAAUCAGUGCCCAUGGAAGCAGCAGUCAAGAAAGCAAACAACGUAUUUGCAUUGGGCAAAUCUGCUGCAAAAGAUCUCUU